UUACUCUAAGCAUUAUAAAGAUUACAAGGGCAGGUCCAUGCAGCCAUAUCACAAACCUCUCUUUCUGAACACAAUAUAACAUAGUGAAUCAGGACAUGCUCCUAACUUCUGUUAGUUGUGUUGAUACUCUAGGAUUACUGACUUAAUUUACUGAAAGGAGUUAAGAAAGAGUGAUUAGUUGUAAGUUUACCAGAGAAACAAGGACACUAUGGCUGCAUUGGGGCUUGAGAUUCUGGGAAUAUCUCUGUCUGUUCUCGGCUGGAUCCUCAGCAUUGUGUGCUGCACUCUUCCUAUGUGGAGGGUCUCUGCAUUCAUUGGAAACAACAUCAUCACAGCUCAGGUUUACUGGGAGGGCAUUUGGAUGAGCUGUGUCUUUCAGAGUACCGGACAGAUGCAGUGUAAAGUCUAUGACUCCAUUCUGGCUCUCCCUCAGGACCUGCAGGCUGCUCGAGCUCUGACCGUAGUUGCCAUUGUUCUGGGCAUCCUGGCUCUUCUGGUGUCCAUUGUGGGAGCUAAGUGCACCAACUGCAUCGAGGAUGAGGCUGCCAAAGCCCGUGUGAUGAUCAUUUCUGGUGUCACCUUCAUAACUGCAGCCUUCACACAACUCAUCCCCGUGUCUUGGUCAGCAAAUACCAUUGUUCGGGAAUUCUACAGUCCAAUUGUGCCUGAGGCCCAGAAAAUGGAGCUGCAACUCAUCAUGUCAAUGGGAAUGGAAAUUGGGGGCAUUGCCCUAGGUUUACUGGGCUGGAUCAUAUCUAUUAUAACCUGCGCUCUGCCAAUGUGGAGGGUCACAGCUUUUAUUGGAGCUAACAUUGUCACAGCACAAAUCAUCUGGGAAGGCAUCUGGAUGACUUGUGUGGUUCAGAGCACUGGACAGAUGCAGUGUAAAGUGUAUGACUCCAUGCUGGCUCUUCCUCAAGACCUUCAGGCGGCCCGAGCUAUGUGCAUCAUCUCCAUCAUUCUGGGUGUUCUGGCUUUAAUGAUCUCUAUCAUGGGUGCAAAGUGCACCAACUGCAUUGAGGAUGAGGCAUCCAAGGCAAAGGUCAUGAUUGUCUCUGGCAUCUGUUUCAUUAUUUCUGGCCUCCUGACACUUAUCCCAGUGUCCUGGUCCUCCAGCACCAUUGUUCAGGAUUUCUACAACCCGUUGGUGCCAUCCGCUCAGCGCAGGGAGUUGGGAGCAUCGCUGUACAUAGGCUUUGGGGCUGCUACCCUUCUGAUCUUCGGAGGAGCGUUGCUAUGCUGCAGCUGUCCACCACGCGAGGCCAGGUACAAGCCACCCAAAAAAUCCUAUACUGCUCCUCGCUCCACUAGUGCCUAUGGGAAGGACUAUGUGUGAAAUUCUUUAAAAGACAGGUACAGAUUUAAUGAAGGAAGACAAAGAAUUUUCCAAGUAGACUCCGACAUGAAGGGCUCUGUUAUGCUGUUCAUAUUUGCUUUGUGCUCUGUUUGCUCUGUGUGUUUGGAGUUGCUUUUAAGACUUUACCUGCUGAAUGAAAAUUUGCAAUAUGAACUGGUGGUUUGAAUGGCUGUAGUUACAUUUUUAUACAUGUUUUUGUCUUUCCUUUACAAAACCCUGUUAUAAUUUUUAGACUCAGGAAGAAAGGACACACUGCUUUUUUACAUGUAUUUGUUUAUGAAAAUCAGACCAGGGAUAGAAACUGAAGACUCGCAUGAUGAUGGUGAUGACUGAAACCUAUAUUAUUUCAGAUUUCUUCCUUAAACAUCAAACAUAUAAAUGUACUUGUGUUUGUAUUUAAAUUUGAAGCUUACUUUUUUUUACUUCUAAAAAAUAAAUCAUAUAUUAAAACA